AAGCGUAAGACAAGCAAUAACAGAACGCAACGUCCCGCCUUUGACGUUUAUCUGUGGAAAUUCAAUAUGGCGACAAUUUAUAAAAAAAAAUAAACAGUAGCAAGAUGAUAAAUGAAUGUAAUGCGUAGAUAUUUGCCAUUUUAAUGGCUUUUAAAGCGGAAUUAUACAAACUUUACAGCUAAUAGCCGUUUAUUAAGGGAAGUUGCCUUAUUACGCCUAUGUGACUUAUGCAAUACGUUACAAUAAUAGCUUGUAGCUGCCGCUUAAUGAAGGAAGGAAAAUACAUGAGUGAGGUCAUAUGAUUCACGGGGUUAACUAAGUUUACAACGAUAAUACGUAAUUGUGCUGUGUCUGUGAGCGUGUGUGGUGGUGUCGACGGUCGCAAGCCAUCUGCGGCCGUUUUGUACCGCGAAGUGUCUGACUUAUAACUUAAGAAUUUAUUCCGGUUUAGAUGAGUAAUCGAUUAGAUGAGAUGAUCGAAAGCGUUUCGCGGCGUGCCUUCAGUAGUUCCAGUGGCACUUACAAUGUCCGAGCGUUGGAGCUGCAAAGAGAGCGAAAACUCAACAUAAUAAAUGUUACCGUGCAGUUCUUGGACGACACCCAACACUCUUUUCAAAUUGAGAAAAAAGCAAAAGGCAGUGCACUGUUAGAGCAAGUAUUCCAACACAUAGAACUAAUUGAGAAGGACUAUUUUGGACUACAGUUUACGGAGAAUGGUGCAGCACCAAAUGCUACUAACACAGAAAUUACGCGCUGGUUAGACCCAAGCAAGUCAGUCAAGAAGCAAGUCGGAGGCAACGCGCAGUUCUGGCUAGCGGUCCGGUUCUACCCUCCAGAACCUUCUAGACUGGCCGAGGAGUUCACCAGAUACCUGCUCUGUCUGCAGUUGAGGAAGCUACUGCUGGAUGGAAGGAUGACUGCUCCCAAGAAUACUUUGCUGUUACUUGCUUCAUUCACAGUGCAAGCGGAACUCGGCGAUUACAAUGUAUCAGAACAUCCGCCGGACUAUCUGUCCGAACAUAGAUUAGUGCCUAAACAGUCCGCUGAAGACGAGAGAAGAAUACGUGAACUACAUAAGUUACAUAGUGGACAGGCCCCUUCUGACGCUGAAGCGAAUUUUCUGGAACAUGCGAAAAGAUUGGACUGUUACGGCGUCGAAUCUCAUCCUGCUAAGGAUUACAACGGAAAGGACAUAUUUAUUGGCGUCACAUCAAUAGGUAUAGUCGUAUUCCAGAACAACAUUCGAGUAAACACGUUCUCUUGGAGUAAAAUCGUCAAGAUUUCCUUCAAGAGGAAACAGUUUUUUAUUCAACUUAAGCGGGAACCAUCCGAAUCAUACGACACAGUCCUCGGUUUCAACAUGCGGUCAGGGCGCGCAGCUAAAGCCCUCUGGCGUUGCAGCGUAGAACGCCACGGCUUCUUCCGCCUCCGGGCCCCGCGGAGACGGCCCCUUUUGGGAGCACUAGGGGCCCUCGCCGGUAUCACGGCCCCUACGGUGCCUAGGACUGAGACGCAAGCGUUAGAAGAUGCUAGGAGGUCGCGGUCGAGUAAUAGGACUUUUGUCAGACGAAGCAGUUCCCGCACGCGGUCGCGAUCUCCGGGCAAGCUGUCCCUGGGGGCUCCCUCGGCGGCGCCGCGCGGCGCGAGGGUCACGGGGCACGGCGAGCCCGCGCCCCGGGCCGCGUGGACGGCGCCCGUGGCUGAUAACGAAGACGAAGGCGGUUUCCUCGAACGCUCCCUCGCACUUAGAGUACCCCUCUCCUACGCAGACGACUCAGACACAGCUUCAGAAGUGGCCGAUCAAACGGUCCGGGUUCGACUCUCGGCCGGAGCUGACGGAAGAUUUGGUUUCAAUGUGAGGGGUGGGGGCGGAGCGCCUGUCCUUGUAUCUAGAGUUGCACCACGGAGUCAUCCACAGCUGCAAGAAGGGGACCAGGUUAUAUCAAUAAACAACACGGACGUGGACGACCUAACCCAUGAGCAAGUUGUACAAAUCAUCAGAAACACGCGCGGCGUGCUAACGCUCGUCCUUAAGCAAAACGCCGUAUACGAGCCCGAAGAAACCGGCCCCGAAGAACCAGCAGUAUGCUUCGUCCCUCUCUGCUCCGGGCAACUAGAGGGAGACGCGCUAGAACAGUCCAUGCUAUUGCUAGGAGAUGGCCUAGCCAGCGGUGCCGCGUUGAAGCAAUAUGAGACUUUACUGAGGAGGAUAGUCGAAGAGCCGUGUGCGGCGUCCAGACAUGUGAAUAAUGUCAAUAAAAACAGAUAUAGGGAUAUUGCCCCUUACGAUUCUACUCGUGUUAUAAUGAAGAAUUGUUCAACGGGUGACUACAUUAAUGCGUCGUACAUUAAUAUGGAAAUACCCAGCUCUGAUCUCGUUCUUACCUACAUUGCUACACAAGGUCCCUUACCAUCAACCGUGGGCGACUUCUGGCAAAUGGUGUGGGAAUCGGAAAGCAGUCUGGUCGUGAUGCUGACUGUCCUGGUAGAGAGAGGACGGACCAAGUGCCACCAAUAUUGGCCCAAGGUCGGCAACACCCCGCUUAAAGCGACCAACACACUUACAGUCCAGACAAACAGUGAGCAGAACUUGGGACAUUAUGUAAGAAGAGAGAUGACUAUUAAGGAGUCAAGCGGGGCGACUAGGAACGUAACCCAACUACAAUACACGGCAUGGCCCGACCACGGCGUGCCAGAAGACGCCGCUGCCUUCAUAAACUUCACUCGGUUAUGUUCGCGGCUCAGGAACCAUCGAGCUGUGAUACCAACCGUAAUCGAAGAGUUGGAGUGCGAAGCCGAGCGCGUAUUGGACCCGCCGAUGAUCGUGCACUGCUCGGCGGGCGUGGGGCGCACGGGCGCGCUCGUGCUGGCCGAGACCGCCGCCGAGCUGCUGCAGCGCCGCCAGCCCUUCUACCCGCUGGAGCUCACCCGCGCCAUGCGCAAGCAGCGGCCCAUGUGCAUACAGAACGCGAGCCAGUACAAGUUCGUAUGCGAGAGCAUACUCUCGGCGUACAACCAGGGCCUCAUCAACGAGUCCUCCGAAAGCGGUUCCACCUGAAGCAACAUCUUGCCAAUUUAAUAGUUAUCAUGUAAGCUAACUUAUUAUCGCAACAAAUAAAAACGCUGACCAUAUUGGUCUUUUUGGUAUUUCUAUGAAUUGAGAUAUACGCAUACUGUAAAGAGGGGUGACAUUGGAAUAGUGGGGCAGCUUUAAACAAUCAUUUUUUUUUUAGUGAUAAUAUCUAUAUUAUUGCUUAAACCACGCUCUUAUAAUGCGAUUUCUAAUUCAACUUCAGCUUUUCUCAAUUGGAGCGACGACAUUCGCAGUUUAUUUAACUAAUGACCCGAAGAUACAACAAAGAAUAAUUGCAGUUUUAUUUAACCUUUUCGACGCCGUGUCAAACACAAAAGCUGUCACGCGGACGCCAUGUCACCGAAGUGUCAUAACUGAAAUUGAACUUUACGCAUAUGCACGUAGGUAUGUUGCUCUGUGGUCUGUGACCGAUUAAUCAGUCUUUGGCGUUGAACUUGUGGUGCGGAUAUAUCGGUCAUUGGCGUCCAAAAGGUUAACAAUCUAGCACUUUCUUAUAAUUUAAAUUAAAUAACGUAAUUUACAUAUUAAUUAUAUUAUUGUUUAUUUAAGUAGCCCUAUUGUAUCUAGUCACCCCAUUUUAUGGACUCAAAUCUCAGAUUAUUUAACCUUUUGCCCGGAACUGUGCAUUUCCAUGCACUGAACGUUCGGUCUACAACUCGCUGGCCCAAUAUUACAGGGUUCUAUGUUACAUUUUCAAGAUAUUUGAAGUUCGACGUAAUGUCACUAUGACAAUGUUCAAAUUUCAGUUCGAUAAAAGUGAAACAUAGAACCCUGUAAUAUUGGGCCGAACUAUUUUGCCGCGUGUAUACCUAUUAUAGUUUCAUGAGUUUAGAAAUGUAAGUGUUUGUAAUAAAUAUAAGAUCAAGAAUGCAAUGAAAAUGUUUGCUAAGACUGAACGGCGAAGUGGCCUUCUAAAGUAGGAAAACGAACGAGGGACCUCAAUGAAGUAUAAAAAUGCGAAGGAAAUUUGAACUUUACUGCCUGUAUAAUAGCGUUUAAAAUAUGAAAUUCGGAACGGUUCAGUUUAUAUUUCGGACCAGUUUAGAAAUUACGAUGUACUGUAAGAACUUUAACUUUAUUGAACUCCCUAAUUAGGCGACGGUGUGUUUUUUAUUUACUGGACAUCUAUUGCAAACUUGCAAAUAUAAGAGCAGCUUUUUCAAAGGAAUGGAGAUGAAAAUGACAAUUUGUGUUUAAAAUUUAACGCUUAGUUCGAUCCGAGAACUGCUUAUCUGUGAAAUUGCCAGGCAAAUGGUACUUUGUCAGUUUCAAAUAACAAUGAUUUUUAUAUGCAUAAAGUACCUUUGUCUGAGAUCCCCAUUUUACAGAUUCUUAAGUCAUCUCGAAUAAACACAUAUCAAAGUAGUUAAAUAAUCCUGCUUACUGUAUAUUUGUACUUAUUUUACUCUAUAUAUACUUUCUGUGGUCUUCACUGUAGUUAUAUCUUGCCUUCGUAACGAAUUUAU